AGAAGGAUAUACCCAACAUAUUAACACAUAAAAAUGAACACUACUCUUGUUCUGCUCGCGAUUAGGGUUUAGGGUUUUUAGCUUCAGAAAAUCUUCGCACCAGCAGCAAGCUCAAAUUUCUCCCAACUCUUCGCCAAUGGCUAUCGACACCGACCGAGUUCAAAAACUAUUCGACUCUCUGGAAGCCCAAAAGACGAUUCUAUCCACAUGCACCCAACUCUACAAAACUCUCUCCAAUCAUUUCUCUUCCCUCCAGCACUCCCUUUCCCAGAAAUCCAGUUCCCUUGACUCCAAAUUCCAAGCCCUAGAAUCUGACUCCAAGAAAACCCUCGAAUCCCUUGACCAGCGCGAAAAUUCUAUACCCGAGCGCGAGUCAUCUGCUGCCGCCCGCAUCGAGGAGCAGAGGGAGGCAGCGCUCUCCGAGUUCGAGAAGGCCGUCCCUGAAAAUGCUGAAUUAUCGGAGUGUUUGAAAUCUUACUGCCGCAAGAUGGAUUCUUCAGGUUUGUUGAGGUUUAUGGUGUCGAAGCGGAAGGAGUCGAUGUCGUUAAGAUCGGAGAUUGUGUCCGCGAUGGAGGAGUCGGUGGACUCGGCACGGUUGGUGUUAGAUGCAGUGGAAGAAUUCGUUUCACAGAAAUCGGGGAAAGUUGGGAUUCCGGACAAGCGUUGGGCAUGCGGAAUGCUGAUGCAGGCAUUGUUUCCUGCAGCGGAGUUGGGUGGGAAGACGGUGCCAAAGCCUGCAUUUGCCAGGAGCGUGGUGGAGAGGGCGGCCAGAGUUGCUGAGUUGUGGAAGGGAAAGAUGGGUGAUGGAGGGGAAGGGAGCAUGAUUGGUCCAACAGAGGCAGCUAUGUUUAUGCAAAUGGUAGCUGGGUUCGGGUUGAAGCCAAAGUUUGAUGAGGAGUUUUUAAGGAAACAGGUGCUGGAGUUUGCCUCAAGGAGGGAUAUGCCGAAGCUGGCCAUUGCAUUAGGAUUUGGGGAGAAAAUGGGAGGAACUUGUGUUUUCACAGAUAUAAUUGAUGAAUUGGUGAAAAGUGGUAAAGAGAUUGAGGCAGUGUAUUUUGCUUCUGAGUCUGGGUUGACUGAACGGUUUUCACCUGUCUCUCUGCUCAAGUCUUAUCUCCAUAACUCAAGGAAGAAUGCUACAACUAUUUUGAAGAAUGGCAACUAUAGCACUGCAGCAACGGAAGAGUCUGGGAACGUAGAGUUAAAUUCAAUAAAAACCAUAAUCAAAUGUGUGGAAGACCACAAGCUCGAAUCAGAGUUCUCCAUUGAUAGCUUAAGGAAACGGGCAACCCAGCUGGAGAAAGCCAAGGUAGAGAGAAAGAAGAGUUCAGCAGGUGCAAGCAAGCCUCCCAAUAAGCGAGCCCAUGGUGGUGGCAGUGGGAGUGGCAGUGGCCGGGGUAGUGGACCUUCAGCUUUCCGUCCAGCCAAAGCACCUAAAUUUUCAAACUCCACUUACCCGUCUUUCGGCAGAAGGAACCCAGCUCCUCCUCCCCAGCACAGCCCAGCGGGGAGAUAUUCUGGCCCAUUCAGCUACCCUGCUCAAGGUGUCUAUGAUGGUCCCACCCCACCCCCUUAUGCAUCUACCUACGGUGGGCCUCACCCCCAAACGCCCACCAUUCCUCAACAGCACUACUCACUCUCAGUGGAUGAUAUGGGAGCUGGUGGGAUGAGGGCCAGUGGCUCGUAUGGAGGACAGACUAGCUACAACGCAUAUGACUACGCUGCAGCUGCUCCCCCCACUUACCAUACUCAAUAGUCUGCAAGUUAAAACACCAGAAAAUUUAUUAGAGGAUUGUAUAUUUUUUCUGUCAAGGUCCUUUUUUUAUCAUGGAGCCCUGUUUUUGUCGUUGGCCUUUACUUUUGAUACUUUUGACCUAGAGCUAAAAUCUUAUUCAUAGGAGAAGCCGAAUUCUGGAUCCUCAAAUCUUUCAUCUCUUUGUCAAGUUUUAUA